GCAGAGUUCUACCUUGUAAAUACUGUUAUUUGUAUAUACUGUAAAUGAUGACAUCGGUGGGCACGAACCGAGCCCGGGGGAACUGGGAGCAGACACAGACACAGAGCCAGACACAGCACAAGCAGCGGCCGCAGGCCACCGCGGAACAGAUUCGACUUGCACAGAUGAUUUCAGACCACAACGACGCUGACUUUGAGGAGAAGGUGAAACAACUGAUAGACAUCACAGGCAAGAACCAGGACGAGUGUGUGAUUGCUCUGCACGACUGCAACGGGGAUGUUAACCGAGCCAUCAACGUGCUGCUGGAGGGCAACCCCGACACGCAUUCCUGGGAGAUGGUCGGGAAGAAGAAAGGCGUCUCGGGACAGAAGGAGAGCGGGCAAACCGAACCCAGCGAAGAAAGCAAAGAAAACCGAGAGAGGGAGCGGGAUUUCAGCAGACGACGCGGCGGGCCAACAACGGGUGCCAGCCGUGGCAGAGAGUUUCGGGGCCAGGAGAAUGGGUUGGACGGUGGCAAAGCUGGAGGAUCUUCUGGAAGAGGCACAGAAAGAGGAAGGCGGGGACGUGGCCGAGGCCGAGGUGGCUCUGGAAGGCGAGGGGGAAGGUUUUCUGCCCAAGGCAUGGGAACUUUCAACCCGGCCGACUACGCAGAGCCGGCCGGCGCCGAGGAGAACUACGGGAACAGCAACAACAACACGUGGAACAACACCGGCAGCUUCGAGCCGGACGACGGCACGAGACUUGAUUUCAUUGGGGGUGAGGGGUCAAAUUAUCCCCGAAAAUUUGACACUGCUCCUGGUGCGUGGAGGGCGGCGACGGAAGAAUGGGGCACCGAGGACUGGAAUGAAGAUCUGUCUGAGACUAAGAUCUUCACUGCCUCCAACGUGUCUUCAGUGCCUCUGCCUGCCGAGAACGUGACAAUCACAGCUGGACAGAGAAUCGAUCUGGCAGUCCUGCUAGGAAAGACGCCCUCUGCUAUGGAGAAUGAGGCAACAAACCUGGAGUCGUCGCAGGCUCCUUCCCUGGCCCAGCCGCUGGUGUUCAGCAACUCCAAGCAGAGCGCUAUGGCCCAGCCUGCCUCCGGGAACUCCUUCUCUCACCACAGUAUGGUGAGCAUGCUGGGGAAAGGGUUUGGAGAUGUCGGGGAGGCCAAAGGCAGCAGCACCACGGGUUCUCAGUUCCUGGAGCAGUUCAAGACAGCCCAGGCUCUGGCUCAGCUGGCUGCCCAGCACACCCAGCCCGGCGGGAGCACCACUGCUGCUUCCUGGGACAUGGGAUCCGCUACGCAGACCUCGUCUCUGGUGCAGUACGAUCUCAAGAACCCGACGGACUCUGCCGUGCAUAGUCCCUUCACCAAGCGUCAGGCCUUCACGUCGACUUCGACCAUGAUAGAAGUGUUCAUGCAGGAGAAGCAGCCUGUGGCGACUGCCUCCGCGACCGUGCCGGCGCCCCCUUCCUCGCCGCUGCCCACCAAAACCAAUCCUGUGCCCCAGAUGUCCCCAGGAUCCUCAGACAACCAGUCCUCCAGUCCUCAACCGGCGCAGCAGAAGCUGAAGCAGCAAAAGAAAAAAGCGUCGUUAACAUCAAAGAUUCCCGCGCUCGCGGUGGAAAUGCCCGGCUCAGCAGAUAUCUCAGGACUAAACCUGCAGUUUGGGGCGUUACAGUUUGGUUCGGAGCCUGUUCUUGCGGAGUACGAAUCGACGCCCACGACGAGCGCUGCCGUGAGCCAAUCUCAAAGCAGCCUGUACACCAGCACGGCUAGUGAAUCUUCAUCCACAAUUUCGUCCAAUCAAAGCCAGGAGUCUGGUUACCAGAGCAGCACAAUACAGACAGCAACGUUUACCUCCCAGAACAGCGCUCAGGGACCACUGUACGAGCAGAGAUCCACCCAGACGAGGCGAUAUCCAAAUUCAAUCUCCUCCUCGCCCCAGAAAGAUCUGGCCCAGACCAAGAAUGGUUUCAGUUCCGUACAAGCCACGCCAUUACAAACCACACAGGCCGUCGAAGGUGCUACAGGCCCCGCAGUGAAAUCCGAUUCCCCCUCCGCUCCCAGCAUCGCUCCUCUCAACGACGGGGUAUCCGCGUCGUCCUUGCUGACGACAGCCAGCCAACACUCGACAGCGCUGAGCAGCCUGAGCCACAGCGAGGAACUCCCCAGCACGACCAGCGCCCAGCUCAGCAG